GCACACCCACCCACACACCCUUUUUUUCUGCUAUUUAGGUAAAACUCAGCCAACCACUUCUUCAUUGUAGAGCAGCACCGGCCUCAGAGAGAGAAGCUGGCCUUGGAUGUCCAGCCCUUUUUCUUUGCAAGGGAGAGAAAGGCAGGAAGAGACGGCAAGAGGCUACUUCAAGCCACCAAGGAAGGAUGUGGGCUUAUACCGUUGGUUUUACUGUCCUGCCUCAUGUGGGAGGUUUCCUUGGCUGGUUCAUGAAUCGCAAAGAAAUACCUGUUUGGUAUGAGAAGCUGAAAAAACCUUCAUGGUGUCCCUCCCGCAAAAUAUUCCCUGUUGCUUGGACUGUCCUGUACACUGGCAUGGGCUACGCCUCCUACCUGAUAUGGAACGACCUGGGUGGCUGCAGCGGCAAAGCCGUCGUCCCGCUCGGCCUCUACGGGGCUCAGCUGGCCUUAAACUGGGCUUGGUCUCCCUUCUUCUUCGGGGCCCGUAACUUGAAGCUGGCGCUGAUUGACAUCCUGUGCUUGGACGGCCUGGCGAUAGGCACCGUGUGCUCCUGGUACCGCAUUAACAAGGUGGCAGCGCUGCUGCUGGUGCCCUACCUGGGCUGGUUGGCCAUGGCUACUUGUCUCACCAUCCGCAUCUGGAAGGACAACCCUGAGCAAAAACCAGGAAAGAGCGAAUAAGAGCAGGACGGCAAUGAAGGCAUUUUGUGAAACUAAGCUAUGCUGAUGUGAACCAAGAUCUCAUAAUUUGGGGGUAUCGUUUUUGGGACAGGCGUGAGAACACGCCUCCUCCUCCUCCCACCUUCAUCAUGGUCGUGUAAAAGAAAGGUUUGCCCCGUGCUCCUGUGCGGUCCUUUAAAGUAACUGUGCAUCCUUAACCUGGGAACUAUUUUCUCCGGCACUGUUGAGGUUUGGGGGCUACAGCUGUACGGUGACCUUAACGUUAUUAGGUCAAAUUCCAAUAGGCAAAUUAGGAUCUCGUGAUACCAGGCUGCUUCAGAGUAGCAAUCCUGGAUGCCUCUAGAGCUGCUACCAUUCCCCCAGAGAGCAGAACUUGUUCACACACGUGGUAAAUCCCAUCUCCUCGUCUGGGACCAAACAAAAAUGCCCUUCACUCGUGCACACCAAUUUUUAAGAACAUACUUGAUUUUUUUGCUAUCUGUGCUCUUGCUUCAUUUUCAUGUAUCACCUGGUUUGUGCUUUGUACCAUUAACUUUUUAUCUGCCAGCUACUGAGCAAGCAGUAAUCUGUCUUGUUCUGCUAGUGAAAGGAGACCGGGCACUUCGACUUCUAUUUGUGGAGUAUCACACUUCUUGAGUUUCAUGCUCCAAGAUAAAGCAGCAAUGAUUAGAAUGCAAAUGCUUCUCCCAAGAGGAAAUUUCUCUCUUCCGCCUCCGCCUGCUAUUCCCCAUCAGUGAAAAACUAUCAUCAGUGCCUUUGAAGAAAAUACUUAAAAUGUUUUUUGGUUUUUUGGGUUUUUUUUUGUUUUAAGUACAGAAACACAAGAGCCUUUGUAAAAUUUAAGAAUGGCUCGCGCUGCCUUGAAGGUUGUAACUCCAUGAUUGGCAAAACCCGCCAUGCCAACUCUGUCAGGUGCAGCUUAGGUAUCUCAUCCCGGAGCCUUUCCAUUCCGGAACAGCACUGAUCAGGACAGGUUAAAACACAAGUAGUUCUAGAGAAAUGGGACCAAGCCAUGGCUGAAUCGGACACCAAAUGUGCAUAGACUAACCCUUGUCCAUCGUUCAUCCUGUCUUUGUCUUUGAUAAAUCUGAACCUUAGAUUUUGGUGUCUACAGAGAAUAUUUACGAUUAUUUUUUAAUUGAUAGAAGCAAUGUACGUGAAGAAAAGUGGUAGGUGGAUCUUCUUCCUGGCAGCUGACUGUAGAUCAAGGUGCGUGGGUACACAUGCAAAGGGUGGGGGGAGGAGGGCUUA